GAUCAGACAUGCACAAGGUAACAUGCACGCACAUGCACACACCAACACUCACCCAACAGCCUCCAGGACAAGUAACUCCUCCCGCACAGCCCCAGCUCCCCUCACUCUCCACAAUGGUAGACGUCUGCGCUCGCUCCUCCUCUUCUUCCCUUACCCCUUCUCUUCUUACAUCUCCUCACAACGCAUCGUCCCCGCCUUUCUCUCCUCUUCCCUCAUUCUUUGUCCUGCAUCGUAUCUGGGGAAGCGCAAAGACAAGCCACACGGCGAUAGCUCCUUCCUAUAGUUGCUCCUUUCUCCCUUUCUCUCUUUCUGAUACCACUACCACCUCCGCACCACACUCGAGAGUGGUAGCGUGAUACUACCGCUCGUUGGACCUUUCCUCCUUCUUCCUCCGACCUCAAUCUUCGCCCCUUUCUCUAGCCAACUCGCUUCCCCCGCGUCAAGAUGAGCUACCCAAUGCGCAACAAUCCAGCAGCCCGCAGAAACGAUGGCAGCAGCAGCAAUGGCGCCCACAGUAUGGACAGCAGGUCUGCCAGUGGCGGCUACAACAACGGCGGGAGCAGCAGGAGAAUAGAUGGCUCCCAAGGUCACGGGUACGGGCAACCUCCGGCUUCAACCUACCAAGUCGGAGCUUUUACAAACGGAACUGGGUACGCCUAUGGCACUGGCAAUGGCGGACAUCACCCACUGCAGUACACUCAUGAGCCUUACAAUGACUCUACAGUGUCCCUGAAUGCUCCUGGCGCCCUCUACGUAGACGCAAACAACUCAAGCUACGACCAAGGCUUCCUGAAUCCCUCUACACCUCCCACAACAUACGAGCAUGACGAUGAAGAAGCCAAGGUACCAUUUGCCCAAUCCAUGGACAAGCCCUAUCCCGCGCCGGGCAGCUAUCAACUCCAUGAUGCCGCACUGCCCGUCGUGGGGCUGCCCCCGCAGCAGACGCCGCAUCAGCCCUUUACCCCUCGCGCUGGCUUCCCGCCCCAUAACACUCCUCGCAUCAACAACUUUGGCUCACACGACCAGGCUUGGGUACAACGUCAGCAAGGUCCUAAGCGUGGUCUGACCCGCAAGGUCAAGCUCACCCGAGGCAAUUGGAUCGUCGAGCACCGCGUUCCUACUGCUGUCAAGAACGCAACCGAGGCCAAGUGGUCUCAGGGCUCCAACACGACUGAAUUCACCCACAUGAGGUACACAGCUGCGACGUGCGACCCUGAUGACUUUACACCGCAAAAUGGUUGGACCCUGCGGACUAACACCCAGUACCAACGCGAUACAGAGCUACUCAUUGCAAUCACCUACUACAAUGAAGAUCGUGGCCUACUCGCGCGUACACUGCACGGUGUGAUGAUGAAUAUCCGCGAUAUUUGCAAGUCCAAGUCGUCUAAAUUCUGGAGACGGUCCGCCGAGGAGGGCAGACCGGGAUGGCAGAGGAUCGUCGUCUCGCUCAUCUUCGACGGCAUUGAUCCAUGUGACAAGGAGGUGCUCGACUUGCUGGCCACAGUGGGCGUCUAUCAAGAUGGAGUCAUGAAGAGGCAAGUCGACGGGAAGGAGACGAUCGCUCACCUCUUCGAGUACACGACACAGCUGUCUGUAGAUCCGACGCCUGCCCUCAUUCAGCCGCAUGGCGAUGAUUCCGCCAAUCUAGUGCCGGUGCAGAUGAUCUUCUGCCUCAAGCAACGCAACACGAAGAAGAUCAACUCCCAUCGAUGGCUUUUCAACGCCCUUGGGCGUCAGUUGCAGCCAGAGGUCUGCAUUCUCAUCGAUGCUGGAACCAAGCCCGGGUACAAGUCACUCUACUACCUCUGGGAAGCCUUCCACAACAAGCCCAAUCUCGGUGGUGCCUGUGGUGAGAUCCACGUGAUGCUCAACAAGGGCAAGAAGCUCAUCAAUCCGCUCGUGGCAGCUCAGAACUUUGAGUACAAGAUGUCCAAUAUCCUCGAUAAGCCCCUCGAGAGCAGCUUCGGCUACGUCUCUGUCCUGCCAGGUGCCUUUUCUGCCUAUCGCUACAAGGCGAUCCUGGGUCGACCACUUGAACAGUACUUCCACGGUGAUCACACCAUGGCUGAUCGUCUGGGCAAAAAGGGUCUGCAUGGCAUGGGCAUCUUUACAAAGAAUAUGUUCUUGGCCGAAGACCGUAUCCUGUGCUUUGAAUUGGUGGCCAAAGCCGGCGACAAGUGGACCCUCACUUACGUCAAGCCCUCAAAGGGAGAGACGGACGUGCCCGAAGGUGCUGCUGAGCUGAUCUCCCAGCGUCGACGUUGGCUGAACGGCUCUUUUGCAGCGUCCAUCUACGCUUCUGUGCACUUUUUCCGCAUCUACAAGUCCAACCACGGCGUGGUUCGCCUCUUCUUUUUCCACGUUCAGGCAAUCUACAAUAUGCUCGUCCUCCUCUUCUCCUGGUUUGCACCUGCAAGUCUAUGGCUCACAUUCUCCAUCAUCAUCGAGUUCCUCCCGGAUCUUCUCUUGGCAAAUUCAAGCACGACGGUGUUGACUAUCCUGCACUGGGUGAACCUGGUGCUCAAGUGGAUCUACGCCGCCUUUAUCGUCCUGCAAUUCGUACUGGCACUAGGCAAUCGUCCAAAAGGUGAAAAGACGACGUACAUCAUCUCCUUUAUCGUCUUUGGUAUCCUCGGCGUGUACAUCAUGACCAUUUCCCUCUGGCUCACCAUCAAGGCCUUUAUAGCCGCAGACGUCAAUUCCUGGGCUGCCCUCUGGCAUCUAUUCACCUCUGCACAGACAGCAGUCUUGAUUGCUGCGCUGACAGCCACCUUUGGAGUAUACCUCAUCGGCUCUCUCCUCUUUGCCGAUCCAUGGCACAUGCUUCACUCUUUCCCUCAAUACCUCUUCCUCGCCCCUUCCUUUAUCAACAUCUUAAACGUCUACGCCUUUUGCAACUUGCACGAUGUAUCCUGGGGAACAAAGGGAAGCGAUAAAGCCGAUGCGCUCCCUUCUGUUGACACGUCCAAGAAGAAGGGGAGCGGAGGGGACGAUGCAGCGGGGACCGUCGAGGAAAUCGAACGAGAGCAAGCCGACAUCGAUGCUACUUUCCGUGAAGUAGUGUCUCGGGCUGUAGCUCCUCUAGAUACAGGUGUUGAAGUAGCACGUGAAGAAACAACAAUGGACGAUUCCAAUCGUACCUUUCGAACAAGGCUGGUAGCCUUUUGGCUCCUCUGUAACGGUGCACUCAUUGUAGCCAUUGAAAACAUCAAUGGUCUCAACACAGGACAAACACAGACGGAAAUUAAUGAAGAACAGCACGAUAAACAGACCAUCUUCUUUCAAGCAGUCCUCUGGGGAACAUUUGGUAUUACAGCAUUCAAGUUCUUGGGAGCAUUGUGGUUUUGGACCAUCAGGCAGAGUACGAGGUGCUUUAGAAAGACGUGAAAAGGGAAAAGGGGGAGGGGGUCGGGUUGAGGCCAGCCAUGGACCUGGUGGCCUCAUCGUACAUCUCGACUCUGUUGUACUGCUUUCACUCUCCUCUCCCCACUAAGCCUCGCUCACCGGAUCGUAUCGUAUCGCACACACGCACGCAGGCGUGCCUAGCCCCUAUCCCAUGGACCUUGUCUUUCUGUCUACAUGUACAUCGACAUCAACUUCAACUCGCAACCUCGAUGCUCCCUGCUCCCU